AAGCAAAACCAAUCCUCCAUAUGUGUACGGUCCACGAUCUCCCUCAAGCUGCUCAAGCUCUUUCUCUCUCUCUGCCCUACUUUUUUUCUCUUUCCCAAAUGCUCGAAAAUUCUUUUUUAGCAAAGGCAAAUACUUCUACCUCUGAAUCUCUUUCACAAUUUAGUUCUUGAAUCUUCUUUGAAUCCUCUCCACCUGAGUUCAUUCAUUUUCAAUGAUUUAGAAGUUUUCGGAGUCUGUUUGAGAACUGGGGAGCAAAACCGAACUCUUUUCACAUGCUUGAUUGGCUAUUCCAGCUCUUGAUUUCAGAAUUUGGGAUUUUAUUCAUUCAUUUGUGCUAUAAGCCUCAGGCUUAAAUGUUAUUAUUCAUGUACUCAUUAAGGUGGCUCUGGUUCUGUCACCUGGCCUACUUGCCUCUUUUCGGCACUCUUCUAUUUAGAAUAUUGGUAGGUUUUGCUUAGUUACUCAGGUUUUAUGAGAUUCUCAGCUAAUUCGAAGAAUUAGUACGAGCAAUUGGUGUUCGGCUAACGACCUGCAGAUAAGUAUGAGGAAAAAUGCUAAUUCCCACUCAGGAAGAGUAUUCAGCGAUAGAAAGUGGAUUCUUCCAUUUUUUGCGAGUGUGAUUGUAUCAAUUAUGUUGUUUUUGACAGCCAUUUUUGGGCUAUUUACCUCUCCUUAUCAUGGAGAGCAAUUGCCGCUUGACAUUGUUUCGUUUGCGAGAUCAGAGGACUCAAAUGGGUACUUUAUUGAAUCGGAUUUGGUUGAGGCCAAUGGGGUAUUGAAAAUGCAAGCACCUAGAUUGGCAUAUCUUAUUUCAGGGACUAAGGGUGAUAGUCAUAGGAUGAUGAGGACCCUAAGGGCAGUAUAUCAUCCAAGAAACCAGUAUAUUCUACAUUUGGAUCUUGAGGCACCGCCUCGCGAAAGGUUGGAAUUGACGAAUUUGGUGAAGUCUGACCCGACAUUUCAUGAAGUGGAGAAUGUGCGGGUUAUGUCUCAAUCCAAUUUGGUGACUUAUAAGGGUCCUACGAUGAUUGCUUGUACCCUCCAAGCAAUUGCAAUCUUGUUGAGGGAGAGCCUGCACUGGGAUUGGUUCAUAAACCUCAGUGCUUCAGAUUAUCCUCUUGUGACGCAAGAAGAUCUGCUCUACGUGUUCUCCAACUUGUCUAGAAACUUCAAUUUCAUUGAGCAUAUGCAGAUUACCGGAUGGAAAUUGAACCAAAGGGCAAAACCAAUAAUCAUUGAUCCGGGACUCUACUUAUCGAAAAAAUCUGACAUUGCUUGGACCACUCAACGCCGAUCGCUUCCUACAUCAUUCAAGUUGUUUACAGGUUCAGCUUGGGUAAUGCUAACCCGACCCUUUCUCGAGUACUGUAUAUGGGGAUGGGAUAAUUUCCCACGAACCAUCCUUAUGUAUUACACAAAUUUCAUCUCCUCUCCGGAAGGUUAUUUUCAUACUGUUAUGUGCAACAGUCCAGAAUUCCGCAACACUGCAAUUAGCCACGAUCUCCACUACAUUGCUUGGGACAGCCCUCCAAAGCAGCAUCCCAUCUCUUUGUCAAUGAAGGACUUUGACAAAAUGGUCAAAAGCAAGGCCCCAUUUGCUCGAAAAUUUGCAAAGGAUGAUCCUGUCCUAGACAAGAUUGAUAAAGAGCUUCUAGGUCGAACAAGUACAACCCGUUUUGCACCCGGGGCAUGGUGUAUUGGGAGCAAAGAUGAUGGAGCCGAUCCAUGCUCAUUGCGUGGGAAUGGUACAGUGUUUAGACCAGGUCCUGGUGCUGAGAGGUUAAAGGAGCUGCUUGAUGCUCUGUUGUCCAAAGAUUCUCGGAAGAAGCAGUGUUCAUGACAAUGGUAAGAGUCGGGUAACUCCCGAGUGUAAAUUUGUGUAUUCAGGGUAUACGACUGAUGUAAAGUGGCAGAAUUUUGUUUCCUUAUUAUAUUAGUUGAACAUUUAAGUUA